CCCCACCCCACCCUGCCCUGCCCCAGACGUGGCUCUUCGGCUACGAGCUGACGGACACCAUCAUGGUCUUCUGCGAGGAGAAGAUCCUCUUCAUGGCCAGCAAGAAGAAGGUGGAGUUCCUCAAGCAGGUGGCCCACGGCAAGGGUGGGGACAGCGCCAAUGGUGUCCCCGCCAUCACCCUCCUCGUCCGGGAGAAGAACGAGAGCAACAAAGCCAACUUUGAGAAGAUGCUGGAGGCCCUGAAGGCCAGCAAGGGUGGGAAACGCAUCGGCGUCUUCAGCAAGGACAAGUUCCCCGGGGACUUCAUGAAGAGCUGGAACGACUCCCUCAGCAAGGAGGGCUUCGAGAAGAACAUCAGCAUGUCGGUGGAAGGGGACUACACCUACCUCCGCAUCAACUUCUACUGCCCGGGCAGCGCCUUGGGUCGCAACGAGGGCAACAUCUUCCCCAACCCUGAGGCCACCUUCGUCAAGGAGAUGUGA